UGUGCCCAGUGCCAUGUAGCAUUUCCAGCCAAGUUCAAUGCAAGAGAGUCAGAUGAAACCAUAGAUCGAGGGAUCUGCAUGGAUAUUAUCAAACCAUUUGUAGUUUAUUAAAGAUCUAACUCGAGGCGUGCACCCGGACCCCCAGAUGUAACCUUGUCUUUUGGAUGGUGUCAUAGACUAUACAGGAAUCAAGAUAAUACAUUAUGGAACACAAUAAUACAGUUAUUGGGUUUGGAAAUCCUGGCAUAAUGUUUUGUCCGAACCAACAAGUUACACAAGAUUAUCAAGAACCCUAUAGUCAGUCUGGAGCUUCUGCACCACAAUAUGGAUUUCAAAAUCUAGAAAUAAAUUCUGAUUAUUCUGGGCAGAUACCUAUUGGUUUUUCUACUGCCAUGGCUGGCAUGCAGCAAGUGGAAUCUCCACAAACAUCAUGCUUUUUUAUAACAAAUAAUUGGUUUGAAGAACAGCAAUCAUGGUGCCCUCACCCAUCACCUCAAGCUCCAAUCAAUGGACAAAUGGAUCCAAUGCCUAGUGAACCAUUAUCUGCCCAACAGGGCACCUGGGGGCUGCAAAUUGGUUUUGAGAAUUUCCAGGAUGCUGAAUCUAAUGUUAACAUUGUCCAUUAUCAUAACAUUGACAAUCACCCCAAUUAUCAUGUUGACCCAAUGCUUUAUACAGCAGCCUUUACUGAAGGUAUAAGAAGAAGUCACACGAUUCAUCAUGAUCCGAGGUCCGGAGGCCAGGGUUUUGCAAGCAGAGGGUCUGACAGAAGGUCAUCAGAUACAAUGUUACUAAGACACCAAUAUAUUUCUGAGAGUGGCUUUUACUCUUCACAAUCAGUCUAUCCCAGGAGUAGCUACGAGGUGAAAGAUUGUCGGAUUCACUUACUUGAAAAAUCCCAGAACACAAGUCAUUUGUCAAUGUUUUGUACGGCGGUGAAAAGUUUAAGAGGAAGAUAUCCUGCAUCGGAUGCGGAGUCAAACUCUGGAAGAAUAUGGAGCGUCGCUCUGAGAUUUUCUAAUGACUUCCGUGACGAAACCACCAUGAAAAUUACCAUAUUUAAGGAUUCAGAGCAACAAGUCCUACACUGGACCCAAAAAGAUACUGUUACUGUAGAAGACUUAAUUGCUGAAAUUUUAAAUAGAAAUCAAUACCCUGCUUCACAGCCUCUAUACUCUCCACUCCCAAACCAAUACCCUUCACUCCAAAACGUGUACCCAUCUUUAGAACCGUGGAAUAUUCCACAAAGUGUUCCCCUGUCACAGCCAUCUCUUUACCCUUCGUUAGAAGCACUUACAAACUAUGUUUCACAAACUCCUCCAUCUUUGUUUCAACCUCAACAAGAAAUUGCUCAACAAAAACUGCAUUCUGACCCCAAGACUAAAGGCUGGCAGCUGAGCAUCUGUGGUCUAGAUGAAUAUUUGCAAAACAUGUACAGUUUGAGAAGCCACAUUGCCCUCCUGAGACUGAACUCUGUCCAGCUGAGGCUCCGCACAGACACGUCGCCGGGGUUAGCGCGUACGUCGGAAGACGAUCAACUUGAGCUAGACCUCAGCGAACACCUCGAACAUGCGCACUACUGGAAGCAGAGCAAGGAGAGAAUUGCCAAUGCCGUCGGACAAUAUGGACACUACGCUGAAUGCUUGCUGCGCAAUCAGUUAAGUGUCCACAAUCUGCUGGAAGCGGUGAAAGAAAUCUGUUAUCUUCUUCGUUCUGUCGAAACCAAGGCGAUAAAGAAUGCGCUAACGUCACUGCUAUCGAUGAAUCUUCCAGCCACACCGACCUGGACUUCACCCCAUUCACAGGUCCCAGUACAGAAUGCACUGCUCCAACUAUCGGAUGCCAUCGCCCAUCUCAUUAACAUCUAUAGCCGUAGCUUCCAGACGGAUUUCCAUGCAGCGGAGCCCCAUGGUAUAAGCCGGGAUGUUGGCACGGCCAUAGCGGACCCAUAUUUCAAAUUUCAUUUAUAUGCAGUUCACAACCUUCCUGAGAAUUGGCUGAAAAGUAAUGUCUAUUUCCUUUCCUGUUCGGUGAUUUAUGCUGGAAGAAAAAUCUGUCCUGAAACAAGAACGCAAAAUAAAAGUGUCACCAAAUCGCUAUUUUCUUUGGUCAUUUGGGAUGAAGUAAUAUCCUUCCCCUUCACCCUGCAUUCCCUGCCAUACGAAUCAAUGCUGAUCCUGAAGCUUUGGGGCGUGAAAGAAGCGUCGGCCAACGGCUCAUUUUUGGCGUGGACUUGCCUCCCCCUUUAUUCCAGGCAAAUGAUGGUUCAAGGUAAUCUGCUCCUUAAUAUGAUCUCCCACAUGGAACUCCCACCAGUGACCACCCCCGCAGCCUUCGAUUUAGCUUUACCAACACUGCUAACAGUUCAGGUUGAUUUUCCUGAAAGGAAUCAAAUAUUUAACAAGCCAGCUCCAGAAGAGGUUGCAUAUGGCAGUCGAACCCCAUUUGAAGAUUCUUCUCGCCAUCUAGACACAUUAAUUCACCGUAACUCGGUGUUAUUCCUUUCUGAAGCUGAUAAGCGCUAUCUCUGGAACUUUCGGUCGUGCGGUGAUAAACCAGAAGACAUCUUACCACUAUUGCUAGGGAGUGCGCCAGGAUGGGACCCGCCCAACAUAUCCGCCAUGUAUCGGGUUCUGAUGGACUGGGAUUUUACUGAUCCGUUGGAAGCUCUGGGACUUUUAAAUUCUUGUUUUUCAGACCAACAAAUCCGUGAAACCGCCUGUCAGCAAAUUGGGAAAUUGCCAAAUGACGAGUUGUUACAAUACCUUCCUCAGUUUGUUCAGGCCAUCAAGUUUGAAUGGGAUUUGGAUAACGCAUUGGUCAGACUGUUGUUGCAGCGAUCCCUGCAAAGUGUCCAAAUUGCCCAUCACCUCUACUGGCUGUUAACAGAUGCUACAAAUGAGUCUCAUUAUAAGAGUAUGUACGAGAAAUUGCUGGCCGCACUCCAGUUCUGCGUUGGGAAAGCUAUGAAUGAUGAAUUCUUAAAACAGAAAAGACUUGUCAAAACUCUCCAACAAAUCGCAGAGAAAGUCAAGGGGGUGCAAGAAACAAAACGCCAGGAAACAUUGCAAGCUAAUCUGAACACUCUGGAAAGGUUUUUUCAGGAAGUACAAGUUUGUCGACUUCCCCUGGACCCCGCCAUCGUUGUGAAAGGAAUUGACCGUAGUAAAUGCUCAUUCUUUAAGUCAAACGCGUCGCCUCUGAAGGUGUGUUUUAUCAGUGCUGAUCCCCUCGGACAGAAUGUCAACGUCAUAUUUAAGAUUGGAGAUGAUCUUCGCCAGGAUAUGCUUGUUCUCCAGAUGAUCGAGGUGAUGGACAGGAUAUGGUUAAAGGAAGGUUUAGAUCUACAUAUGAUCACUUAUAGAUGUUUAUCGACUGGAAAUAAACAAGGCCUGAUUCAGAUGGUUCCAGAUUCUACAACUCUGGCCAAAAUCCACGAGAAGUACGGCAUGUUCAGCCCUUUUAAAGAAGGUACCAUCAAGAAAUGGUAUAACGCAUCUUACACUCCUGAAAAGGUGUCAGAGAAUUUCUUGUUUUCAUGUGCUGGUUGGUGCGUUGCUACCUUCCUGCUUGGGGUUUGUGACAGACACAAUGACAACAUCAUGCUGACAGACUGCGGACACAUGUUCCACAUUGACUUUGGCAAAUUCAUGGGACAUGCACAGAAAUUUGGGACCAUAAACAGGGAUCGAGCUCCCUUCAUUUUCACCAAUGAAAUGGAAUAUGUUAUCACAGAGGGGGGUACGAAUCCCGAGCGCUCCCAGGAGUUUGUGGAUCUUUGCUGCAUUGCCUACAAUGUCCUCCGAAGAUAUAGCCCUUUACUCAUUAAUCUGUUAGAGCUGAUGCUGCAGGCUGGGCUACCCGAGCUGCGAGACGUACAAGAUCUCAGCUACAUGCAGAAUAAUCUGCGACCUCAGGAUUCUGACAUCCAGGCAACAAGUUACUUCACAAAAAAAAUCCAGGAGAGUUUGGAAUGUUUUCCAGUCAAACUGAACAACUUUAUCCACAUCCUAGCCAACACGUCCCUGACGGACAAAGCCUCGUUGAUCAAACCCUCUCUACCCAAUGCCCGAAAGGUGCUACAGAACUUGACCAAGGCAGGUGUGAGGAAGCUCCAUGAAAAGAGUGAGAGACUGCUGAGCAAACUUGGCAACACAGUUUACCAUCAAUCCUACGCCGGAACUUUAAGAGAUCACAAUCAAAGAGCCUCCAUUCAACUUUGUCUUUCUUUCAAAGACCCCGAGUUAUCGGUUCUCGUGAAACAUCUGAAAAAUGUUCAUUUUUCCACUGCUUCUAUUGAGAUUUGUCUUCUAUCAAACCUCGGUAAAACUUCAAUGCAAAGAGUCAAAUCACAUAAGAGUUCCAGUGCCCUGACCUUCAAUAAAAUAGUUAAAUUCUAUGUCCCGCAAUCUGACAGACAUGAGUUGCAAGUUGUGGUAAAAAGCAAGGACGUCUUUCUAGGGUCAGUAAACAUCCUCUUGAACCAAGUCCACUUCAAUGAAGAUCUCUGGUACCCAUUGACCAACAGCACAACUUAGAUCUGAUGUUCCAUGAGUCACUAAGACUAUUCCCUGCGCAGAAUAAACCCGCUGACAAUGUAAUGUAAAUGUGUAUGUUUUGUAGACAAUCAUUCAUAUUACAUCUACAAUGUUACAUCUGUGAACAAACGCUGGGCAGUAAGAUAAUCUUUAAGAUUACGAAUGUUUAUGGACUCCCUGAUAGAUACAGAAGCUUUGCGUUUCUUGUCCAGUAAAUAUAAAUAUAGGACUGAGUGGUAAUCAGUCAGGGAUUUGAUUUGGCUCAAACCAGAACCCUUCUGCUGGAUUCGGAGGUAUAAAGCAGCACCAUGAAGGAGCUUGGACAGUGAUGAUUUCAUGUACGCUAAGCCAGUCAGAAAAACCGCCAAGACACCGGAGUGUCUUGAUGUUUCUAAAUGUAUGCAUGUUCAGUUGUAUCCUUACAGGAAAAUGGUUCCACAGGUUACAACCAGCCAGGAUCUUCUCAUGGUUUCCUCUGGUUCCCCUAAGUAAGGACCUCUGAAGACCCCCAAGACUGGUGAAAGAGUAAUGAAAUAAAUCUUGUGUUACCUGCUUUAUCUUUAGUGUUUCCCAAUUUCAAAUCUUGAUUACAUUUUGGAAACUAUAUAUGUUUGAUUUGUACUGAAUUAACCUGCUGUUAU